CUUCGUUCCGUCUCUCUCAGAUGAUCACGCGGGAUCCGUGUUGCUCGCGGUCGUCAUGGCAACGCCAGUGCUCCAGAUUGUCGCCGUGUCGGUCUUGUCUCUGAUCGCCUUGACGCCCACCGACUGCGGCGCCCUGCUGAUCCGCGCGCUGCGGGUGCCGGCGUGGACGCAGCUGCACCAGCCCGCCGUGCUGUCGUGCCAGUACGACGCGCAGGGCGAGCCGCUGUACUCCGUCAAGUGGUACCGCAACCGGCAGGAGUUCUACCGCUACCUCAAGGACGAGGCGCCCAACAUCCGCACCUUCACCAUGAACGGCGUGCACGUGGACGUGGCGCAGAGCAACGACACCACGCUGCGGCUGUCCAACGUGUCCUUCGACACCGCCGGCGAGUACACGUGCGAGGUGAGCGUGGACGCGCCCACGUUCCUCACGGCCGUCAGCAGCGCCCGCCUCAACGUCGUGGCCAUGCCGCCGAAAGGCCCGCACAUCUCCGGUCUGGACAGCGCCUACGUGCCCGGCCAGACCAUCGUCGCCAACUGCAGCAUCGGGCCGGCCGUCCCCAGGGCCACGCUGCGGUGGUACCUCAACGGAGUGGAGCUGGACCACCGCAACCUGGUGGCGCCGACCCACGGCGCCGACCCGCCCGCGCGCUCCGCCACCCCAACUGGCUGGCGCUGCGGCUGCCGGUCGAGUCCGAGAUCUUCAAGGGGAACCACGCCGAGCUGCGCUGCAAGUCGUUCGUCGCGGACCUGCCGCACAGCGACUCCUCCUUCACGGCCAUCCUGAGCGACGCCAGGCCCGGCAACGAGCGGCUCGCGCAGUACAGUGGCGCCACCGCCCACGCCCCCGCCGCGGCCGCCACAGGGCUCGCCGUGUGCAUGUCUCUGCUGUGGAUACCGCGCCUGCUGGCACACUGAGCGCGCCGAGCGCCAAGCGGACCAGGCCGGACUCCAGACCAACGCUGUGAUCGUACUUACAACCCACAACGCCCUCGCGGACUGCAGACUGAUUCCGAGAGUCGUUGUUGUGUCUCUGUCUCUCUCGCACUUAUAGGGCCCCGUGUAGGUGCGAGUGAGACAGAGCGAUGAAAAAGGACUCCGGAAUCAGUCUACUGGGGCCGAGGCGCGGCGCAGCUCCAAACUGCAAAGGGAGGCGCCCUUCUCUCGGCAAACGGUCGAAGGGCUCAUCGAAAUCUGCCACUGCUGCAGCAGCAGUCAAGUCUCUGCAAGAUUUACUACACAAAUUAUUUCUUAAAGAAAAUGCGUUGUAUGAUCUCGUGCCCCAGUAUAAGCGCAAAAGCGCUGAAUGACUGCAUAAAUACAAGCCGAAUUUCUGCUCUUAAUUUCUAAAAAUAAUAAAAACUAAUUGUUAAUUAUGAUGGGUGUGCGCUAUGUUAUGCAAUGACGCGACAUUUUCAGACUAAGCAUUGUAUGGCAUAAGGUUUUUUUAUAAGAUGAAAUUUAUAUAUGGUUUUUAAGCGUCUAUGAGAAAAUUCUGUCCUCGAAGACACUAAAGGGGGUUUAUUUCGUGUGUACAUAUAACAGAGCAAAUGUGAUUUGUUGGUGAGGUGGCUCUUUCCCAAUGAUUGCUGACCCUGACUCCAAAAAACAGGAAAACAAACUAAAUACCGUGUAAAAAAAUACUUGUUUGUUAUGUCAGUUUAUGUUACAAAUGUUACAUCUAGUCGUUAAGCGUGCAGUCGUUCUACGACUGACCGGUUGGGUGUCUGCCCUUGAGUCGUCAAACCGCCGGUGUUGCCCGUCGUCCGACUCACGGAAUGAACGCAGGCCGGAGGCACCGGAGGCCCUUCCCCUUCCGCCGCCCGGUCGGCUGACGGUUACAAGGCCAAAAUUAUUGAAACGGGGUCCCUGUUCCGUUCCGUUGUCUGCGGCUAUCCAGCCAUGAUUUUUCUGCUUUACUGUGUGUUGUGUUGAUGGGAACGUGAAAAUGUGAUUUUAUAAGUUAAACUCUAGGUUAAAUAAAAUGUUUC